UUGAUUCGAAUUUUAAAAAUUAAAUUCUUCAUCAUCAAAUUAUUACACAGAACAGUGAUAAGUUGAGAUUCAGGAUAUUUAAACAAAAAAUAAGAUAAUCUGAUGGAUGAAAAAGUUCUUCCUGAAUAAUAAAAAAAAUUCUUCUUUAUUCCAAGUUUUUUUCAGCAGCAGACAAAUGGUCAUGACUGAUAAUCCAUAAGCCGGCCAUUUUGGUCUCGACAAUAAAAAAUACCGGAAACAAAGAUUAAUAGAUGGCGAAACACAAAAAAAUGAAAAGCUAAAAUGAAAGAAAAAGACAAUUAAAGCUUAAUCCAAUUCGAGGAAGAGAACACCUUUAUCAUCAACGCCUACGACGACAACAACAACAACAAUUACUGUUGUUGUUGAUUCUUCGUUGAAACCGAAACCGUUGGAUUCGUCGGAUAUAAAAAGCUGACAGUUUUUCAACUGAACAUUCCUGCACAGCUGCAAUUACCGAAUGAAAGUGAUUGUCAUAUUUUGCACCAUGUUUCGAAUAAUCAUCUUAUUUUGUUCAUUGAUUUCCAUCAUCAUUCCCUUGGUAUCGGCUGCCGAUUAUGGAACCAAAACUUACACAAAAGAUUAUUCAUUACCAAAAAAUGGUCAAACAUCAUCAACAUCGGUGAUCAACAUAUCACCAUUAUCCGGCCAACAGCAACAACAAUCACAACCAAGCAACAUUGGUGGACAAACGACAAAUUAUUAUCAACAACAAUCACAGCCAUUACAACCAAUACAACCAAUAUCACCAAGUUCGCUUCUGGCUGGUCCAUUAUAUAAAAUGCCUGCCACCACCUCAACAUCAAUAUCAACAUCAACAUCGUCAGAAUCAAAUGUAAUACAAGCAGCCGUACAAAGUAAACACGAAAUACAAUUUCGUGAUUAUCCAACAACUGGUAAUAUUGUGCCGACCAUUGUGGAGGUUGGUGCCAUUUCCGUGCCACUACACAUUCUAUUUAAAUCGGCAUCAAGUAGUUUGAAAAUUCAUCAGGCACAUGAAGGAUCCGAAGGUUCCAUACAAGAGACCGAAAGUGAAGAUGAACCUCAUCGCUUGGUGCAUAGACUUAAAAAGCCUAUAUACCAAGAGGUCCACGAAUUAAUCACGCCCUUCCGAAAGAUUUAUCAGCAGGUGCAACCUGUGCAGGAAGAAAUCAUCACUGUCAUCGCCAGAGGAAAUGAACAGGAAAAUUCAAUCGAAACCGGAAAUGAAUCGCUGGAAAAAAUGUAUGAAAAAACUAAACAACCGAUUGGUGUGACGACUAAACAAAGUUCAUCAUAUGGAACAAGUAUCAGCCCUAAUAAUAGUAAUAUCGGUGAUACUGGAACAGGUGUGUCAAUAUCGAAACCACCACUCAAAGGUGGUUAUUGAUCGCAAUCAAUCGAUUCAAAUUCAUUAUUCAAUGAAU